CAUGCUUUGAUCUUCCACUCAUCAGUUUUAGCUACUGUUACUUAUGCUGCUUCAUCAAUAACCACAUCACCUUUUAUUCUUUGAUUUUCCUUAUCUUUGAUUUCCCUCACUUGAUUCCACUCUUUUUCAGUUUCCCCUUCAAAUCUCCACUUGGAAUCAUAGAGGAAGAACAACCAAAAAACAAAAUGUUGUGGAAUAGGUUCACCCCGUCAAAAGUACAAUCUCAUAAAGACAAAAACUACUAGAAGAAGGUGAUGCAAGAAGAGCAGGAAAGGAUUGAGUUGGUGUUGGUUGGGCAUCAAAUGGAUCUUAGGAUGUCGGGUCAUCAGAGUUUGGUUAGAGUUUGGUUAGAUCUUGGUACCGAUUGUAGGGGCUGGUGGCCUCUGCUGGCGGUGGCUGCUGGCGGUGGCUAAGGAUAGUUAAUGGUGCCAUGGUGAUAAUCGCAAUGAGGAUGGUUCAGUCCUUCAGGUGGGGACUUUGUGACAAUGGGAUGAGGGAAUGGUGGGUUAUGUUUGGAAGCCAGGAUGGGGCCAAGACACGUGUGGCAUGAUUGCAUCAUCAAAGAAGGUAGGGCUGUGUGCUGAGGUUUAGAACUUAGAAGUAAAAGCUAAUUAUUGGAACAAUAGCAGGACUACUAGAACCUUAUCUUUAGUAGGGUUUUAAUUUUAGUCUAUCUAUUUAUUUUGUUUUCAAUUUAGUCCCUUAAGUUUGGUUUUGGGCUAUUUAGUCUUUAGGUCCUUUGCCCGACAAGGAUGAGAGACCAUGUGAGUUUUGGCAUUAGGUUAAUAAUUCUCUCAGGUUAAGGUCACUAAGGUUUGCUCUAUUAGGAGUUUUUGUGUUCGACCAUGAUUUUGCUCG